AUGCAUUCAACUCAGGCCCAUCUCCGGCACGAGUCACAAGCACCUCCCUUCAGCUUCAACGAACCGAGCGCCAGGUACGGCGGUGACGGGCCCGCGUCUCAUCAACCCAACGCGCUCACCAUGGACAGCAAUACCACGCUGCCCCCGCGGUCGGACUCGUUGACGGUGUCAAAUGGGGUGUGGACGGUGCCGACUUCUCAGGGCAUGAGGCCGCGACCCGCCACCAUUCACGAGGGGUUCUCGUUCUGUGUGGGAGAAGGAUUCGGAGGCUUACCGGCGUGGGACUCUUCGCUGCACAUGCAGUCUGCACUAAGCGACGCCAUGUCAUCCAGGCCCCUGUCGGUUCAUCCGGGCUUUUACCCCGCCACCACCAUGGAGAGCAGUGAGUUGUGUCGGUUUGGCCUGGGACUAUGGGGGGAGCUAACCGUACUGUCAGGUACGUGGGCGCAAAAGCCGUGCGAUAGCAUCAUGGACAUUCCAGGGCUGGAAUCGGAGAUGAGCAUAGGGCAGGCAUAUACAACCGACGAAGCCAUCCCUGUCAUGGAUCUCAGGUGCUCGGGGCCUCCGAUGGACGGCGACUCGAUAGCGUUUGACGGCGGAGUGAACCCGCGCAGAAUGUCUGGUUCUUCAUUCACCGUAUCGACCUCUGGUGGCUUGUCGGAAUUGGCGUCGUUCGACGACUUCUCUGCCGCGCUUUCGGAUGCGCCAUCGCUCACUUCGGACUAUCCACCGCCGUCCAACAGGACGUCUAUGAUCUCCAUCUCGUCGUCCCAGUUGUCCCCCGUCGCAUCGCCGCGGCUGACGCCGCAGACGCGCUCGGAACUCGUGCGGACUCAGAGCAGGGGCAGAGCGUCGCCAUCGCCGCGGCCGGGGGUACGCGCCGUGCCGUACUCGGUCGAGAGCGCGAGGAACAAGAGGUGGUCUACUGGGUCCUAUGGCACCGCUUCCAAUCGUCGUCCGUCCCCCUUUGUCUAUCACCAUCCCCACGACGCAUUCAACGUCCAUGCCCGCCUGUCCUCCCGUCACUCGUCACCGACCGUCGCGCAAAAUCAGCUACCGCUGAGCUUCAGCAACCUCCAGGCAGCACAGCCGCCCCCGUACCUGUACAGCAACACGCCGGCAUUCCAACGCAACAGCAUGCUUUUGCCAACGCAGCUACCGUCUCAGGCCUUCCAUCCAGACGCCCACCAGUACGAAAACCCUCCGCCGCUCCUUUCUCAAGGGUUCUUCAGGAUGCUCCAGAGCAAUGCCGACCCGCACUCCCUGCACAGCCACUACACCGAUCUCGCGGACCCGCCCGACCUGUACGCCUCCCUGCACGAGGAGCAGGUGCCGCCCCCGCCCGAGGACAUGAACCCCGAGGACCAGGACCUUAUCCCGCAUGAGCAGGAACUCAGAUUCGAGGGCGACUUGUAUACGCCCAAGUGGGUGCGAGGACACGGAAACAAACGGGAAGGUUGGUGCGGCAUCUGCAAGCCCGGCCGGUGGCUGGUUCUUAAGAACUCGGCCUUCUGGUACGACAAGAGCUUCACGCACGGCAUUAGCGCGGCAACGGGCAACCCGUUCCAGGAGCCGCAGGAGACGAGGCGCAUGGAUGGGAACCCCGAUGUCUGGGAAGGGUUGUGUGGCAGCUGUAACGAGUGGAUUGCGCUGGUGAGCAGCAAGAAGAAGGGAACCACGUGGUUUAGGCACGCUUACAAGUGCCAUACGCAUCCUAAGGUCAAGGACGCGCCCAAGCGCAAAAGAGAGAGCAACAACACGCGCCCGCUCACAGCGUCGAGUACUGCAAAACCACGGCCGGAUCCUCUUACACCACAGAUGACACCCGCAAUCUCGACUGCAACCACGCCGACUCCGGCAAAAGCUCAUGACCAGACUCCUCUGCAAGAACAUCCGCAGCAGCAGCAACAGCAGCCUCCGCCGGCACCCCAGCAGUUGAAGUUGCAGGCCCCGCCAAUACCCCAACAUCUUCACCAGCCAAGGCCGCUCUCGGGCCAGUUCCACUGUCAAGUCGCAUCAGCGCCUCCACCAUUGCCCGCCCGGCCAGCCGUCAUGAGCCCGGUUGGAGCGGUCGGUGGUGUAGAUGGAUUUCGGAACAUGAUCUGA